CUUCCGGGACUUUCUGAGAGAGCCGUUUUUGCACAAAUUUGUCCCGCCUUCGUCCCUUCCUCCAUCUGCUGCCUGGAAUGCGGCGGAGGAGGAAUGGUGAAGGAAGAGGACCACACCCAGGGAGGAGUUUGGAAGGAGCCUGCGCCCCCAAGGACUUUGAGGCACAGAGCUGCCCCUCUUCCCUGAACAGCCCGUCGCCCUCCUCCUUUUGAGUGAGAGGAAAACCAGCUUCUCUUGUUUAAGCCACGGUUUAGUAGCUGUGCUGUUACAGCCGAACCUAAUCUUUUUUUUUUUUUUUUUUAACGUUUAUUUUUGAGACAGAGAGAGACAGAGCAUGAACGGGGGAGGGGCAGAGAGAGACGGAGAAACAGAAUCGGAAGCAGGCUCCAGGCUCCGAGCCAUCAGCCCAGAGCUCGAACUCACGGACCGCGAGAUCGUGACCUGGCUGAAGUCGGACGCCCAACCGACUGCGCCACCCAGGCGCCCCUAGCCGAACCUAAUCUUAAAUAAUUAUAGAGCCAAGGGAGGAGGGAAGGCCUGAAGGGGAAGCAGGUCCCCGUGAGUGAUAAAACCGCAGAGCCUGAGGGGUCUAUUGAGAACCACAGGCUGAGGGCGGGGAGAAGAGAGAGGAGCGGGGACAACCUGUGAACCGAAGGUCGCCUGUCCGGAGGAUUUGUAGGCCUGGAAAGAGUUUGAAGGGUCAGACACUGCGGGGGGGCGGGGAAUGCUCCAGAGUAAUCAGAAGCCAACACAACCAUGCAUCUGACUCCCUCACCUUUCCCACCCAGGCCGAGGGGAAAGGUGAGGGAGGAAUUUUACCGUUAACCCGUUUUGGGGUUUUCAUUUUUACCCAGGACUAGCCAUUCUGAUUACCGAUCUCAGACCAAAUCGGCCACUUAAGUGAUCACUAGCUUUAGAGGAGACCAGAGUUAGCAAAUGAGGCAGAGUGAGCUCACCGUCUUGGGGCAGAGAUGGUCUGCCCCUUCCGCAACCCUCCCACCCCAACCUUCACCCACCCAGCCUCUACCACGUGCCAGGAACUGUUCUAGGUGCUGACACGGGACAGUGAGCAGGGCACCUCGUGGAGCAUACAUGCUAAUGGAGGAGAUGGGUGCUACACGGGAUACAAUUUUUAAAUAACCAAGUAUGUAGUGAUCAGUGCAAAGGAAAUAAAGCUGAGAAAGGGGAUAGGAAGUAGGGGGUUAAAUUCCCGUUAGGAAGGUUAGGGAAGGCCUCACUAAAAGGCAACAUUUCCGUAAAGACUAAAAAAUGUUAGAGGGGUUGGGAUGCCUGGGUGGCUCAGUUGGUUGGGCGCCUCUUGAUUUCAGCUCGGGUCAUGAUCUCACAGUUCGUGAAUUCAAGCCCUGAGUCAGUGGGAGCCUGCUUGGGAUUCUCUCGUUCUCUCUCUCUCUCUCUCUCUCUCUCUCUCUCUCUCUCUCUCUGUCCCUCAUGCGCAGUCUCUCAAAAUAUAUAAAUGAACUUAAAAAAAAAAUGUUAGAGGGGCAUGGGGAGAGAAAAUACAGCCAUGUGUUGAUGAUGUCACUUACUGGGUACAACCAUGUAGUGCCUGCAUAUGUGUGUCUAUGUGUGACAGAAUGGGAAUUGGCUCCCCAGCCCCCACAGGGUAGAGUGAAGUGUCUAGGACAGAGAUUGAAUAUGAAACUGGGCAGGAUGGGCCUCUCAGCCCAGCUCCAGACCUUAAGUAUGGCCAAGAAUGGGGCCAUGUGUCACCAGCCCUGGGCAGCAUCAGUGACACCUCCUCUCAGUCUGGACAGCGCUAUUAUCUGGGAAGGAGGACGGGCUCCGGAGAUUGUACAGUCUCCUGUGUCUGGCCUGUGGCAUCAGGGAUUGUGGACAGCAUGUGGCAUGCUCCUGCCUCACCCUAGCCCACUACCUCUGCCAUUUUCCAUUCCCCAAAAGCAGACAGAUCUGAUGGGGUUUUUCCAGGCUGGGCCAGUGUCCUCACCCAGCAGGGGCUGUGAGGACAGGGCAGGGACCAUUCCUGGACAGUCAGGAGAGAUGAGGUGUGUCCCUGAGCCCCCAUGGCUGGGGCUGGGGGUCGGGGGUCGGGGAGCAGCUUUGCCAGGAGCAGGCAGAGGUGAGGGUUGGGAAAGUCAGCCGUACCCCCACCCCACAUCCUGUUUUUGGAAUGUGGGGCCCCAGCAUGUGCUUUCCUUUGGACUUUGUCCAAGGCAGUGUCUCCCCACCCAGGUCCACUCCCAAGGGAACCCUGCAUGACAGUGCGGAGGGUUCCCCACCACAUCCAUCAUUAACCGAGGGUUUUUCCAGGCUGGGCUGGACCCCUGAGCCAGUGUAGGUGAAGGGCACAUUUCCCACCCCUCCCUGAAAUCAGGCCAGGGGGUCCCUGUCAACACAUGGAAAACUAUACAGGCCCCCAUGGCUGACGGGGAAAGGAAAUGUCAUGGAGGGGGAGGUUCUUGGCCUCCCCACUCAGAGAGGGGCAGGCGUGUCUGGGCCCACCAGACCCAACCAAAGCCCUGGGGAUGGUCAGGCCCCGGAACACCACCUGGGAAGCCCAGCCAAGCUAGAGUGAGAACAGUUCCAUGAGGGGCUUAAGCGCAUGGGCUCCCAACCCAUCAAGCCAGGCAUGAGACGGGAACUGGCUAUUUACUUGCUGUGUGGGCAAGUGGCUUAGACCCUCCCAGUCUCAGCUUCCCUCCUGCCAGGGUCAUCAAGAGGAUGCAGUGAGCUGAUUUGUGUGAUCGGCUCGGCGCAAGGCCUGGUCCAGAGCGGGUGUACAGGGGAAGGGGAAUGGUGUGCGGGUGGGGCAGAUUCCUAGAAAGGCCUAGAGGGGACAAACAAGAUGUCUCAAGCUGAGGGUGUCCCCUCCUCAGCCACUCAGAUCACCACACAUCAUCCUAACUCUUCCCCUAAGGGAUAGCUUCUCCUGCCACCUAGAGUUGUAGAAUGUGAUUCAGAGCCUUACGAGGGCAGAGAAGUCCUUCUAUUCAUUUUUCACAUGAUAAAAUAACAUGCUUAUUAGAAUAAAUCUGGAAAUUAUAGAAAGGCAGGAAGAAAGCAAAAGCUUUUAUUUAACCACCAGUGCUGAACACUCUUGAUGCCUUGAUGGUUUCCAUGUGGGAUUCUUUCCUGGGCACAGGUUGUCUUUGUUCUCCAUAAUAUGGUUGGGACCUUAGCAUUAAGACAAGGAAACUUGGGGGUCAGACAGUGCAGCCUCCUCAGCUGACAAGCCAGGAGACUGGGCCCAGAAGAGCUCAGUGACUUGUCUAAGGCCAGUAGUGGCAGAGGUGGAACCAGAUCUACUGAGAUCUGCUGCCCCCAACGCUAGCACCAAACCCUCCUCCAGCCCUGAAGACUGCCUUCGAAGGUGACAGUCAGUUGCUAGUGGAUCUAGGCCUUCCAGUUUGGGGGAGUCUGUUCCAUGGGCUUCCGUAGAAUCCCCCUCCCUCAAAAGGGGUGUGGCUCUGGUUAACCCCCACCCCCAUUUCCAGAAGGAGACACAGCAGGUGGGAUGGGGGGAGGGUGGGUAAGGGAUAGAAAGGGAGGGCUGCAAAGCCCAGCAAGGGGCAUGGCCUUGUGUACGUUCCCAAGGGUGGAGCCAACCGACAGGGCCACCCUGUCCCUUUAAGAGAAGGGGGAGAGCAAGCCCCUCUCGGCUAUUCUGUCCUGUCAUCUAUCCUGGCCAAACCCAAAAGGGAAAAUGAAAGAGGGCCCGGGAGAGUAACAGGUCCCAGCCAUCUCCCAGGAUCCGUCCCUCAGCUCUAACACCUCAGCUCCAGCCACAGGCGCCAUGGGGGAGUGGGCGUUCCUGGGCUCGCUGCUGGACGCCGUGCAGCUGCAGUCGCCGCUCGUGGGCCGCCUGUGGCUGGUGGUCAUGCUGAUCUUCCGCAUCCUGGUGCUGGCCACGGUGGGCGGCGCCGUGUUCGAGGACGAGCAGGAGGAGUUCGUGUGCAACACGCUGCAGCCCGGCUGCCGCCAGACCUGCUACGACCGCGCCUUCCCGGUCUCCCACUACCGCUUCUGGCUCUUCCACAUCCUGCUGCUCUCGGCGCCCCCCGUGCUCUUCGUCAUCUACUCGGUGCACCGCGCCGGCAAGCAGGCGGGCGGCGCGGACGAUGGGCCCGGGCCGCCCCCGCGCCGCCGCUGCUACCUGCUGAGCGUGGCGCUGCGCCUGCUGGCGGAGCUGGCCUUCCUGGCGGGCCAGGCGCUGCUCUACGGCUUCCGCGUGGCCCCGCACUUCGCGUGCGCCGGCCCGCCGUGCCCGCACACCGUGGACUGCUUCGUGAGCCGGCCCACCGAGAAGACCGUCUUCGUGCUCUUCUACUUCGCCGUGGGGCUGCUCUCGGCGCUGCUCAGCGUGGCCGAGCUGGGCCACCUGCUCUGGAAGGGCCGCCCGCGCGCCGGGCGCCGUCGCCAGGCGGCAGAGCGCGACGGCCGCCGCCACCGCGCGCGCCCCGACCCCUGCGGCCCCCCCGCCUACCCGCACCCGGCGCCGGCCAGCGGCAGCGAGGGCGGCAGCGGCCACAGCAAGGCGUCCCUGGCCACGGUCCGCCAGGACCUGGCCAUCUAGAGGCGGGCCGCGGGUGCUUCCCGGAGAACUGUCCCCGGGACCCUGCCCUGCAGCGUCCCCAGCACUUCCCGAGUGCGCUCGAUUGAGUGGGGGCCCCGUAGAUUGAACUGUGGCAGGUCCUUGUUGCCCUGAUCCAGGCGGCAGGGGGGAGGCCUGGGGCUGAGAGAAGGUGCACAGAAGGGCACCGCAGAGCCGGAAGGGGAGGUGCAGGUGGUGCCCAGAAAAAGUACUUGUGAUACCAGCCUCCGGAGGGCCUCUCCUUGUUGGGGCUGAGGCCUGGCCUCUGUGUGGGCUCCCUGUGUGUGGCCACACACCGCACAUAUGUGUAGUAUGAGCUGCGUGUACGCAUGCACAUGUAAAACCUGUGUGAGCUCUUUGCGUGCGUGCACGUGAGCCGUGUGUGUACGUGUGUGUGUACAUCCUAUGUGGGCUCUCUGUGUGUGCGUGUGUAUUCCCUGUAGGUCUGCAUCUGUGCAGGCAUCUGUAUGCCCUGUGUCAGCCGCGUGUGUGUGUGUGUGUGUAUGAGAGACAGAGAGAGAUCUCUGAUAUGUACCGGGUGGGUGGUCAGGACCCAGUGCCAGCAGCAGCCACACUGACUCCCUCCCUACCUGCAGGGGCGUUGCAGGAAGGUCUCCCCUCUUGACCGAGCCCACAGAGAGAGGAGGCAGGUGCCCCUUCACACUGGGCAGGCCUCAGUGCGGUAGGGCUUGUGGAUACCACCCACACUCAACCUUGUGGCCUGGGCAGUGGCCAAGCCCUCCCUUUGGUGGAGGUAGAGUAGGGGUUGGCGGUAGGGUCAGAGGGCAGGACUCUUUUCUAGAUUCACCCCCUCACCCUGCUGCUGUUCCCCCCCAGUCCAUAAACUCGGCUAAGUCCCUGCCGACCUCAAAAGAAAGCUGCCCUGAAACGUGCCCUGGCCCUGUAUUUCCCUGUAGCCACCACCCUCUUCUCUUCUCUCCUCUGAGAGUAUAAAGAGCCACCUACAUGGCCACCUCUGGUCCUGCUCCUGUCUCUUCUCGGUCCCCAUCUGUCUUCCUCCCUCUCCACCCCAGUGGGGCCGCUCUCCGUAAGAUCACCCAGGCCCUAAGUGACAUCCAGGGGCCACCAUGUGACUGCACCCUGGACUUUGUUCAACCCCCCUGAGCAGGCUGCUGCGACCCGCUCUGCCUGAUUUUCUCCUGCGUCCUUGGCCCUUCCCUCUUUGUCCUCCUUUCCUUGCGCUCUUCUUCCUGGAAACCCCUGCCUGCACUGCACACAGCAGCCAGAGGGGUCUUUCUAAACAGUCCUCCUACUUAGGCCCCCAGGGGCUCCCUGUCAUCAGGGUAAGUCAAGCACCUGAAUGAGCCUUCUGAAGUCUUGCCCUCUCCUGGCCCUGCUUCACCCCUGCUGCACGGGCUUCCUAACCAUACUGACUUUUCUCUUCCUACAAACACAGUGACCAAUUUCCUUCCAGAUGUUUGAACGUGCUGUUUCUUUGCCUGGAGCAGCCUCUUUCUGCAGCACCCCCCUCCCCACCCUAGCUAAUACCUACCUGCCUUUCAGUCUCAUUUGGAAAUAGAUCCUUUUCCUAAUGGCCCCCUCCCCCAAGUCAGAGCUAGAUCACCACGGCACCCUUGCUUCUCCAGACAGAGCAUUUCUGCUGAAUGGCAUUACUUGCUCCUCCACCAAUGGACCCAGAGUCGUGCUUAGUAAAAUAUGUUGAUAAGGAACCCAAGGCGUCCCAGAGGCCCAAGCACUUAUCCUUGCUCACGGUGUGCAAUAGUGUCUCUCUGAUGUUGAUCAGUCAGGUGUGCAAAGCCUGGAUCUCCAACAAACUCAAAUGUGGAUACACAGCUGUUCUCCGGAUGUAUUCGUUCAAGAAAUAUUUGUUGAGCACAUACUAUAUGCCAGACUACGUUCGAGAUCAGCACCGUUCAAUAGAAAUAGGAUGUGAGCCACAUGUGUAAUUUCAGAUAUUCCAUUAGCCACAUUAAAAAGUAAAAGGAAACACA